AUGAUCCUCUCCUUAUUCCAGAUUGCCGCAGCAGGCACAGUCCUGGGCGUGAUUUCUCACCUGGCGUAUUUCAUCCAUGGCGAACACCAUCGGCAAGCGUUCCAGUAUUUUGUGGCUUUUCUGACGUUUCCUGUCAUCGCAACCGCCGCGCAGGUCACUCUCGGGGUGAGCCUGGUGUUGGCUGUCCAGCAGACUGCCGCCUUCUACACCACAUACCUAACAGGGCUAUACUCGAGCCUUUUCCUCUACAGAACCUUCUUCCAUAGACUGCACUCGUUUCCCGGCCCAUUUGGAGCAAAGGUGUCGAAACUAUGGCACGUCUGGAAGGUGGCUCCGACCAUCGACAACUACAAGCACAUGACUAGAAUGCACGCGAAAUACGGGACCUUUGUUCGGACCGGACCAAAUGAAGUUUCCAUCGUCCAUCCCGAUGCGGUCGAAGUGCUUUAUGGAGCAUCCUCCAAAUGUACCAAAGGAGCUGGAUACGAAGGCAACUCUGACUUGACGUCGAUGCAUUCGACAAGAUCAAGACGGCAUCAUGAUCUCCGUCGGAAAGCGUGGGCUCGAGGGUUCACACAAAACUCGCUUCGCGAAUAUGAACCUCGCGUUGAACGGUACACCCAGAGCCUCGUCGAACAGAUCCGGGCCUUUUCUGGACAGCCGAUCAACGCCGCACAGUGGUUCAACUAUUACAGUUUCGAUGUCAUGGGGGAUCUGGCUUUCGCGAAAGACUUCGACAUGCUCAAGAAUGGACAGAAGCAUUGGGCCAUCGAGAUCCUCAACGCUGGGCAGCGCGGCAUUGGAGUCUUUGGACCUGUGCCAUGGCUGUUCAUCAUCAUCAGCAGCAUCCCUCAAAUCACUAAAGAAUUCCGGAGGUUCAUCAAGUUCUGUGAAGAUAUGAUGGACGAAAGAAUGAAGAUGAAAGUCAACAAACCAGACAUAUCCUCCUGGAUUUUGCAGUCUCCGCCCAUGACGGAUACCGAUUACAGCGAACGUGCCUGGCUCACUGGCGACUCGCGGUUGAUCAUUGUGGCUGGAAGUGACACGACUGCGGCCACCUUGACGCAUCUUUUCUAUCAUCUGGCCAAAGAUCAAUCUCAACUCGAACUCUUGAGAGAAGAGAUUCAGUCUCUGAGUGGCGAUCUGCAAGCCUCCAAACUGCUCACUCUCAAGCAUUUGAAUGGUGCGAUCAAUGAGGCGCUCAGGCUUCACCCACCUGUUCCCAGCGGAGUUGCCAGGCUCACGCCACCAGAAGGCAUCACUGUGGGAGGUACAUAUAUUCCCGGUAAUGUCAAUGUGUUGGCACCUUCAUAUCCUUUGUGCCGUUCCCCAGAAUGCUAUGAAUAUCCAGAUGAAUUCAUUCCAGAGCGGUGGUACAGUAAGCCAGAACUGUUGAAGCGCAGCGAUGCGUUUGCUCCUUUCCUUAUAGGCCCAUAUUCUUGCAUCGGCAAACAGCUUGCUUUGAUGGAAAUCCGCUCCGUGACUGCUCAGAUACUCUUGAACUUCGACGUCACAUUUGGUCCUGGUGAAGACGGGACAACUCUGCUUGAGAAGACUCUCGACACCUUUACCAUGGAACUGGCACCCCUGAGUCUGUGCUUUACUCCGCGCAAGCAGGAGGCCGAAGCUUGA